AUGCUGAAUAAUCAUUUCGCAAUAGGAUGGAAUCUCGGAUCCAACACUGCGUUCUUGGAAAAGUGCUCGCCAUCAACGAUAAUACAGUCCACCUUCAACACUUCAAAGCCCAACCAGAUAGCAAUUGACGUUCGCUAUUGGAAUCCUGUAUCAACGUUAAGGCGUGUUACUACGUUCAAAGAUACAAUUAUGAUUUUUCACACUCAUUA